AUGCCGCAACAACCACAGCAGUCGGUCGCCGGCAUCGUGCUGCUCCUCCUGAUGCUAUGGAUCAUCUUCCCCGACGCUGAAUACAGGGGUCAGUCGCUCCUCCUCUCCGACGUGGUACACGAGCGGCUGGACCGGUUCUGGGCGGCGCUCGACGUGCUCAACCAGACGAAAUGGGGCGACUUCAACCCGACGGCAGCGUCGGCCGUCAACGCCGAGGGCACCGGAAGCUGGCUGAACCUGACGGGGUACCGCCAGGAGGAUGACUUUGAAUGGGGGGACCUAGGCCGCUUCCGCGACAGGAGCAUGGAGCUGAGCCGGUACGUGGCGCCUGCCAGGGCGGGCGAGGACGACCACUGGUGGGACUACGCCGGCCGCGGCGGCCUCCCCGUGUGGGCGAACGCCUCGGGGACAGUCCACGGGAACUGGGUCAGGAAGCCCGGGACGUUUCCCCGUACGCCGGGUAGCUACAACCUCAGCAGGAGCGUACCGUCGAUGCACUGGGUGGGUGACAAGACCGAGUGGGCUCGCAACAUGACGGGUGAGUCGGGCAAGAUGCUCGUCAUGCUCGAGGGUAACCGUACGGUGACCGAGUACAGGCAGCUGCCGGCGGGGGAGGGGACGGGGCGGCUGGGCGGCGGCCUGAUCCGCAACGUCAAGGCCACGAUCGAGGUCGAGGACACGCACGGGUCGCUCCUCAACUGGGGGAUGCGGCUCUGGGGCGUGCACUGGCCGCGGCAGGGCGUGAUCCUCAUGACGACGACGAGCGAGAAGUUCGAGGGCAUCUUUGGGCUACCGCAUCUGACGCCCAGCGCCGACUUCUUCCAGUCGAGCAGGGCGCUGCUCAACCAGACGCUGGCCGACACGCUCCGGGCCAAGGCCAAGAGCAUGUUCUACGAACAGGAGGUGCCGUGGAACUCGGACCUCGAGAACCCGGCGUACACGACGCACCCGUCGCCGCACUGCGAGUUCAUCAUGUACGCGCAGGUGCACCCGCCGUCCCGGGAGGACCUGGGCGUAGCGUCGACGCUCGACACCCCCGAAGUAGCCAUGUCACGCAUCCUCCAGGGCAUGGAGUCGGAGUUGCAGCGGCCGCAGGGCGCGCCCGUGGGCAGCAUCCCGGAGCUCAAGAUGUCGGCCAUCAUCUACUCCCCGGACUGCGGCUUCUUCCUCGAGACCAAGGGCCCGCCCGAGUUCCCCCCGGGCGAGGAGCAGCACCUGACGGGUCUGAAGAAGGAGGUGCACCUGCACCAGGUCAGGUCGUGGGUGCUGGCCUUCGCCCUAGUGCUCUUUGCGCAGGUGUACGUGCUCAAGGCGCAGGUGACGGAGUCGUCGACGCCGUCGACCAUGGCGCGCAUCAGCUUCGGCACCACCGUCAUCAUGGUCCUGGCCGACACCAUGACCCUGAUGGCAUCCAUGGUGUGGAUGGCCUCGGCAGGUGCCACGCUGCUGCCGGCGCUGGUGCUCCUGUUCGCCGCCUUCCUCUCGAGCGUCAUCGGCGCCAGCUUCCUCGCCAAGAUCCACGAGGUCCAGAUCCCCGAAACGCGAGAGCAGCGUCGAGACCAGAGGAGCACCACCGCCGGCAGCAACACGCCGGCCUCUUCGUCGAAUCGGACCACCGCCACCCCCGCACCUCCACCUCCACCUCUGGACCAGCCCAUCAUCAUCCCGUCAGACCAAGACAUCGACGCCGAGAUCGCCGAAGUGACAGGCAACGCAGGCGGCCAGGGACAGCAGCAGCCCAACGGCGCGCAGACCUUCCAGGCCACGAUGGGACGGUACAUGCUGGCCGGGCUCGGCCUCAGCUUCCUGGUCAUCUCUUCGACGACGUGGUACCCGGGCGUGCGGUCGGUGUUCCACAACGUGUGCGCGAUGUGCUACCUAUCGCUGUGGGUGCCUCAGAUCCACCGCAACGUGAUGCGCAACUGCCGCCGCGCCCUCCGCUGGCGCUUCGUCUGGGGGCAGUCGAUCCUGCGCAUCCUGCCCCUGGCCUACUUCUGGCUCAAGAGCGACAACUUCCUGUACGCCGAGCCCGACCGCCCCGCCCUCCUAGCCAUGUGCGCGUGGCUGUGGCUGCAGAUAUCCGUCCUGUAUGGGCAGGAUGUGCUGGGCCCGCGCUUCGGCAUCCCCGCCUCCUGGACCCCCGAGGCGUGGGACUACCACCCCGUCCUGAGCGAGGACAACCUCGAGACGGGCGGCCUGCCGAUCGGUCUGGUCGUCGGCGGCGCCGACGACGACGGCGACGACGACGGCAACGGUGAUGAUGGCCACGAUCCGCAUGCCAAGGCUGUCAGGAAUAUCGACUGUGCCAUCUGUCGUGAGCUGCUCGAGGUCCCCGUCGUCAGGGCCGGUCAGGACGCCUCCACCGUGUCGGCUACCCUGGCCAGAAGGACGUACAUGGUCACCCCGUGCCGGCAUGUCUUCCACACCCCGUGUCUGGAGGCCUGGAUGAGGUUCCGCCUGCAGUGUCCUAUCUGUCGAGAGGAGUUGCCGCCCUUAUAG